AUGGCUACAGAAGAGACUGUGCAGCUUGGUGAUGCACAUGCACCACACCAGGCAUCCAUUAACGCGUUCGAAUCCAUCCUAUCCACCGUAAAAGAGGAGCUUAUAAAGCUUCGCCGCGACCAUGACAGACACGAACCGGAAUACUUCCUCGCCGUCAAACAAGUCUCUGAUUCAGACCUGACCUCAUUCACCUCCCGCGACCUCGAAUCUGUUCGCGUCGCAAACUCGGCAUACGGCCUGCACCUGUUCGGCAAGGUCCAACUGCCAGCCGUAGACGACGCCUAUAUACACGUACGCAUAUUUGGAUCAGCCAAGGACGGAACGGAUGGCAGUGGCCCAGACGAGCGCGAGUACAGUCUGCAUAGCAUUCACACUGAAGAGGUGAUCAAGCCAGAUGGAGAUAGGGUAUACCGGGCUAUAUUUGGACGCACAGACGAGCUGAAAUGGUUUGACACAUGA